GUUUCCACCGAGCGGCGGUCCGGGAGCUCGGGAACCUCGAGCGAGCUGCGAGGCGAGGCAGUCAGUCGCUCUCAGCUACGACAUGCAUAACGCAUGAGAGAGCCCGAGCGAGAUCUUUUGCGACCCGUCGUCUCUCCUCUCGCGCGCAACACACGAUCGUGUUCUCUCUCCCUCUUAUUCGUCGCGAACCACACACUCGCGACCCGGAGAGACAACCGUGGACGAGGAAAACGCACACACGCGCACCGUACGGAGUCACCGCUGUGCACCUUUUACUUGCCUACCGUGCUGGUGAUCGUCCGCACUCGUCGUCGUGGAUCCGUUUCGCGUUCCCGGAGUACCGUCCUGUGCCCGCGCCAGCAGCGUCGUCCCUAGACGUCCCGAUCGCGAGUGUCGCGCCGUGCACCGUCUACGACACGAGCCUGUCUCUCGCCAGCAACCAACUCCACGAUUCGUCGAGUGAUAACGCGCGUCUCUGCGAUGAGUGAUCCACGGUAAAGGACUUCGCGAGUGAUAUUGUUCCGAGAUUACAACGAAGACGCGUAAGCGUCUCCUGGAGGAGACGUUCUCCCCGGGUGGACGGGACAAGGUUCCACGAGGGAGAUACAACGUUGUGUGUUCUUCGUAACGUCGCGGAUUACCAUCGUCGAUCUGACAAAACUAUGGACUACGAGUUGUUUGCACGCGCGAGGAUGCCGCUUGCUCGGGAUUUGGUGCGUCGUCGCGAACGAUGGACUGUGCGCUGCGUGUGAUCGGUGAUCGCUGACCAAGGGAACAGGUUCUUCGUUCGGGAGAACAGAGAGGAAAGUGUACAGUCUGCGUAAUCGUUCGAAGCGUUAAACGAGAACGAUCCGUGAACUUUGUUCGCGCUACUCCGGAAUCUACACCAGAAAGCCACGGAAACGAAAAAACAAACGGCAUACGAGCGGCGGAGAACGACCGUCGACGAGGAGAGAAGAAGGUAAACCGAGAGGGUGCCCUGUCGGGGCAGCCCGAACGCUGGGCAGUAGAGAGCUAGGCAAACAGUGAGCAGGGUUGUCGAAACCUCUGAACGAGGGGAGGUAGAUGGCAGCUACCACGUACAUGCCGAUUGGUAGCGCAGUGUCUUCCGAGCUGGAUGUUGGUUCGGGAUCCGGGAUCGGGAUGAACAUCGCCGUGGGUGGCUACUCCUCGGGCUCGCCUCGCAGCGCCGCCGAUGCCGGGGAGAUGAAGUACAUGCCGGCGCCGCAGCAUCAUCACCAUCAUCACCAUCAUCACCAGGUGUCGUCGUCCCCGUCGCCUAAUGGACUCUCGCAUCCGACGGCGAGCCUUUCGUCGGCGAAUCCCUGGGUGAGCCUUCAACCUAGCAGCGAUCACUGGGCGUCCUCGAUGGGGAUGCACCACACCAGCCAUCAUCCCCAUCAUCAUCCGCAUCAGACGAACGCCGGGUUGGAUGUAAAACCUCUGACCGCGGCGGCGACCGCAGCCGCGGCCGCUGCUGCUGCUAAUGAACAAUCGAUGCAUCAUCGCGGUGGUCCUCAUCAAUCGCCGGGGAUGGGAUCGCCUCAUCCUUGGCACGCGCCCGUCGUCCCGUCGGCGCAUUACAACCCCAGCGGUGGCGCGGCCUCGCCCUCCACCCUGCAACAAUACCACGCCGCGAUGAACGGUAUGCUGCACCCCCAUCCGCAUCAGCAUCAUCCUCAGCUGCACAACCACCAGACGGGACUUCAUCCGAACCUGAGGGACCCGGGCUCGCCCGGCGGACAUCCGUUGCAUCCUGGCCACGCGCACGACAGGGAUCACAGCGCCGGCGAAGAGGACACUCCGACCUCGGAUGAUCUCGAGGCGUUCGCGAAACAGUUCAAGCAACGGCGCAUCAAGCUUGGAUUUACCCAGGCGGACGUCGGUCUCGCGCUCGGUACUCUCUACGGCAACGUCUUCUCGCAAACGACGAUAUGCAGGUUCGAGGCGCUCCAGCUGAGCUUCAAGAACAUGUGCAAGCUGAAGCCGCUGCUGCAGAAGUGGCUCGAGGAGGCGGACUCGACGACCGGCUCGCCGACGAGCAUCGACAAGAUCGCCGCCCAGGGCAGGAAACGAAAGAAGCGCACGUCGAUCGAGGUGUCCGUCAAAGGUGCCCUCGAGCAACACUUUCACAAACAACCGAAACCCUCCGCGCAAGAGAUCAACACGCUGGCGGGCAGCCUGCAGUUGGAAAAGGAGGUGGUCAGAGUUUGGUUCUGCAACCGACGGCAAAAAGAGAAGAGGAUGACGCCGCCGAACACGCUCGCUGAGGGUAUGAUGGAGGGCAUGCCGCCCGGACACCAGGGACAAGCGGGUCUGCAUCAGGGAUACCACACGCAGGAUCACCUUCACGGCUCGCCUAUGGGGCACAGCCAUAGUCCACCGAUGCUCAGUCCUCAGGGUCUUACGGGCCACUCGUUAGCGGCUCACUAGCGUUCGCCCGGGCCUCCCCCGUUGGGCCUCUCGAUAACCUCUCAAAACUUGGUGAAUAACCCGGCGGUAUCGUCGCCGCCGGACACGCUCCCUCCGUUCUAUCAUCAUUACCUGCAGGCGCGCACAGGCAGCUACUCGACUACUUCGUAGCCGUGACCAACGAGCUGUCCCGACGCGCCUCGCGUUCUGUCCACUUCUUGUCGGCAGCUCGACGGAGGAGCCUACCACUAUGGCGCGACGUAGGCACCACCGAACGCUACGUUCGUGAUACGCGCGCCAGGAGAUAUCGCACACAUUCAUCUCGAUGAGGUUCAACGGGGUUUACGAGGCCGGGCCCAUUAGGGAGGCCUGCUAUCCAGCCCAUUCGCCCUCGUGGUCGUCGUCAGCAACGCGCCAGGGAGUUCGUCGUGGACGCUUGUCCGUCAUCGUCGGCAGCGAUAAGAUCGGAUGUCCGUCGAUCGUUCCGGCUGUGUUUGGAUGUUGUCCGUUCUCGCGUCCGCGUCCACGUCCCCUGGUGUCUCGAAAGUGCCGUAAACGCGUGUAACGAUCUCCUCGGUUCCGUCAGUCCGUUCGUUCGUACGUUCGUUCGUUCGCGAUAAAGGAUAGACGCUGCGAGUUUGACGUCGUUCGACGUCCUCGACGACGCUUCAACUGCCCCUCCUCCCUCGCACGUGGCUAGCGAUAAAAAAUAAGUGCGCGAUGUUCUCGUUUCUAUCUCGAGGGGGACGUUUUGUGUGCAUCGACGAACGACAGGGAAUACCGACGGACACCGACGGACGAACGCCGCGACCGGUGGCGAAUGAUGGCGGUUGUGUUCGCGCGGGAUUUGUACGAGAGGCAAACCCGCACGGAUGAUGUAACAUAAGUAAAUAUGGACUGUAAAUAAUGUACCACGUAAAAGCUAGUAAGUUAAGUGAUGAGGAGCGUGCAUCGUCGAACGUCUCGUUUUCUUCGUUGUCGUCGCCCAGGGAACGGAAAAUAAACGGGUGAUAAAGUCGGAAGGGAGAGUUCGACGCCAGGGCGCGACGAAGCUAAAUAUGUUUACAAAAAAAAAAAAAAAACAAACAGAGCAAAGACGAAAAGACGAACGAGACGAAGCUGAUAUUCGCGAAGAGGGAAACAGGACACGCGCCCGGAAAACGGGAGAAAAUUAAUGACGCGCGUGUUUCCUCGGAAAACCGUGUGCCGAAUCCUAGCGACAGCAGAGCCCCCUCGCAAAGAAAAACCCCUUCUGUAUAAAGAGUAAGUAUAUAAAUAUAAAUAUAUAUAUAUAUAAAUAAAUAAAUAUAUAUAUACACACACACACGGAAUGAAUAUAAAUAUUAUAUAUGUAUAAAAUAAAACAAAGUCUAUGUAUAUGAGAGAGAAAGAAAUCUAUGGCGACGUCGAGAGGUUGUAGCUAUAUUAUAUAUUAUUUGCGACGUUUUUAUUGUCAAGACACCCGUUUCUCGCGGAUGGUAAAAUGAAAAAGAAAAAGGAACUAUUGUAAACGAUGAGACAGGUCUGUCAAUUUAUUAUUUUGUCGUGCGUUACGAUAGUUUUCUUUUUUUUUUUUAAUUAUUAUCGCUAUUAUAUUUUCUUUCUUCUUUUUUCGUCAUCUCUUUAUUGUCAUUUAUUAUUAUUCUUUAUUAUUACCGAUUACUAUUAAUUAUUACUAUUAUUAAUGUUAUUAUUGUCAUUCCGUUCGCCCCGGAGGCUAAUCGUAGAGCGAGAACCUUGCGUUACGGUCGUCGCCGGAGCCUCCUUCUUUGCUCUCUUUGUUCCUCGUUGCAAUUGCUCUUUACGCUCCGUUUCUCUUCUCUUCUCUCUCGUUCGAUCAAGUCGUUCUUAUCGUCUCUCGAUACAACGAAAGCUUCUCCUGCCGUCGAAAGAAAAUUCCCUACCAGAUUUCUCGCGGUAAACCGUCCCCAUGCUAAAUUACCUUUAAUCUCCGAUCAUUAGCUUUUGCUUGAGUGGUAGUCGGUGAAAUUACGUUGGAGAGCAGUCAGCGAAUUUUUUGUAUCGAUUUGGAAUGGUAAAGGAAAGACUGAGAUCAGAUAUUUUGGACAGUACUCGCGAUUAUGUAUAAAUUUGUACGUAUAUAUAAAAAUCGAAGCUGGGAAAUACUAGAAAUAAAUACGUUAGAUUUGUUUAAGUUUGUGGAUUGUUAAUUGUUUCUUCGAUGUUGGAACUGAUACUCUCGCUCUGGGAUUGGUCACUGGACGUCGCGCAUCAGCAUCAGACUUUUUCCGCGACGGAAACACUCGUUUCUCGUAAUUUUCGUAAUCGUCAGUGAUCGAUGUUGAUAAAAGUCUAAAGUCGCCGUCUUCUUAUUUUCCCAGUUGUAAGUUUGAAAGAUUUCUAUUUUCAUUAAAAGUUCCGUUAAUUUUUGUAGCAUUCGAAGCAAACCGAAUACUCCGAACAGAAUCUGAGAGUCUUUUCCUUGUUUUAUUCUGUUUUAAUUAAUGUUCGAUAGGUUUCGCUAUGCCGAGUAGAUACAGUCGACGAAAACAAUCCAAUCUCGUAUGUUUCCCAAGAGUUGAGAGGCGACACGUCUCCGAAGCAAUCGAUUCGAUUAUUCUAUUCGACGUUAAUGGACAAGAAAGGGAACGCUAUUAUUUUAAUUUGUAUCCACUUUGUUCGCAAAGAAGCCAGCAGGUGUUAAUUUACGAUUGCCCUUAAAAUUCCCAUCGAAGUCGAGGAAGAAGGUGCUCUUUUCUCACGAAUACUGCGCCAUGAAUAGGCGAUCGCGACCUCGAGGCUCCUUUUUUCACGCCUUUUCGCGCGUAGGUGGCCGCGCAGUUUGUUUCCUCCACCCCUUCGCUUUUUCUCCGAGUUUCUUUCCUCUCUGGACGGUUGUGUUCCGUGCUUGUGAUGACACCCGAUACCAUGUACCGCGUGCCUACGCUAAACGAGACCCCAAGAUUCGUGUCUUCUUUUUUUCCCUCGCGGUAGCCAAGCAGAAUGCUUUGAGCAGUAUUGGCAAAAAUUACUAUCCUGAUAAAACAUUCCAAUUUGAUUCGUCCUCAAAAGUCUUAUUUGGAUAGUAAUCUUAUCAAUUUCAGGCGCGAAUUUGUCGAGGCAAAGAUCGAAUUCCGAUCGUCGCCGAGCAGAAAGAAUUCUCGAAUAAAUUUUUCGAAGCACGCGCGAAUUAUGCGAAUCGCGUAUGCGCGUGAGACGAUCCUCGACGCACGCGGCGUGCGCGAGUAGUUCGGCGGGGAUUUCGAAUGGUCGCUCGGAAAGAUGCUGAUCUGUUUUUCAAAGAUUCUUUGUACGCCUACGAAACACACGGACGCAACGACUUGUUCGAAAUUGAUGGAUGAAAAUUCGUAGCUAUCGGUCUAUGAAUUAUUACAGGAGAAAAUCGAUGUGUACACGAGAAAAGACAGAGGCGACCAUCGAAUCGCAACUUUCUGUACGACAAUCAUGUACACUUCGUAAUUAUCGUUUAAACGUGGACGAUAGUUGUCCAAACUAUCGAAAAAAUCGUUACGUUUGUGGGCCCUCGUUUAGUUUGUGUAUUUCAAUCUGUCGCGGGAACAAAUGAAAUUCGAAUCGUGUUCACCGUUACAGUGAUAGAAUUCCAGGAAUGUUCGGCCACCUCGGCGUUUCCCAGGCCCACGAAAUCGGUUCCCGUCGCUUUUCCACCGAUUCACCGCAGUGCCAUCAAUAUCCCUCCGGUAAUCGGCUGGGACAGCGACGAGCUGCGUUUAAAAAGCCAUAAAGAUCCUCGUUCAAGAGGUCCGGCGGCCACGAAAUCACCCAAAUCUAGCCACGAUCGUCCCUGCGCGGACCCGUGCAGGAGUAAACACUAGGAACAGGUGACGCGUUAUCGUCCCCGACGGCUCUAUUACCGAGCACGAGUUUAAUAAGGGGGGGAGUGCAACCGUAAAAGUGACAGGUCCCGACGGUGGACAGACCGUGGCGAUCGUACUCUUCGCAGCUUAACCCUCCAAAGACUCUCAGUGAUUGGUCUCUGCCUCUAAUGAUACGCUCUUGAGCCCCAUCGAAUCUUCGGGCUCGUCUAGGACCUCGGUCAUCUUUAAUUUAUUAGAUUUGCCUCAGGUAAGAUCAAAUCAUUCUGUGAGAGAUGUGGCGAGUAUGUUAGGCGGUUAGGUGUUGAUAUGACAACUAUGUCAGCGAUCGAAAUGUCUCGUCAA